UGACGCGGAGUGUGACGUAGGAGGAAGGAGACGCCAUUAGAGGGAGGAGAGGGAGGAGAGCCCCCUGGCCUCGGGUUCUUGACGUGGUGGCCGGGGCCCUUCAUUCUGGGACUUUCUCCCGUCCCUCUCCGGCCUCGCCCGCGGAGGACGCGGUGGGCACCGGGCUCGGCGUAGCGUGAAGAGCCGGGCCCGGGAGGAGCGGGCGCAGCGGCGGCGGCGCGGGGCUCGGCGCGGCGCGGGCUCGGGCGGCCGGGCAGCGGCGGGAUGGCUGCGGCCGGCGGCGGGGCGGCGGCGGGCCGAGCCUACUCUUUCAAGGUGGUGCUGCUCGGGGAAGGCUGCGUGGGGAAGACGUCGCUGGUGCUGCGUUACUGCGAGAACAAGUUCAACGACAAGCACAUCACCACCCUGCAGGCAUCUUUCUUAACAAAGAAGUUAAAUAUUGGUGGGAAAAGAGUAAACCUUGCUAUAUGGGAUACAGCAGGUCAAGAGAGAUUCCAUGCAUUGGGUCCAAUUUACUACCGAGAUUCGAACGGAGCUAUUUUAGUUUAUGAUGUAACAGAUGAAGAUUCUUUUCAGAAGGUAAAAAACUGGGUCAAAGAAUUACGGAAAAUGUUGGGAAAUGAAAUCUGUUUGUGUAUAGUUGGUAAUAAAAUAGACUUGGAAAAGGAGAGACAUGUUUCCGUUCAAGAAGCAGAAUCGUAUGCAGAGUCUGUGGGAGCAAAACAUUAUCAUACUUCUGCUAAACAAAACAAAGGAAUUGAGGAACUCUUUCUUGACCUUUGUAAAAGAAUGAUAGAAACAGCGCAAGUGGAUGAGAGGGCAAAAGGCAAUGGCUCCAGUCAAGCGGGGGCUGCUCGGCGAGGCGUGCAGAUCAUCGACGAUGAACCUCAAGCUCAGAGCGGCAGUGGAGGAUGCUGCUCCUCCGGAUAACAGCUCACGCCUGUGAAACUCAAAACAAAACAGAACUGUGGAUCAUUGCCCUGAACAUGAAGACUGCCAUAUUCCAAGUCACAUCAUUUUACCAAUGGAGUUAUAGAAUUAACAGUAUUUUCAAUUACGUUUAUAACACUGCAGAGACCUUAAGUGCUAAACUUAGUGGAGUUGGUGACCAGAGAAUUGGCAUUUUCUACAAAUGUUAACAAAGCAAUUACCAAUGGCCUUUUUACAUAUUUUUUCUUUAAUGAGGAAUAAUAUGCAUGUAGAAAAGACCUACUUAAAGGCUUCAUUUAUAUUCUUUUAAAUCAGAUCUUUAUUUAAUAACUUAUAUAUGAUGUUGGAAUGGUAUACAUUUUUGCAGUCCUUUGUAUUUUGUGGUAGUUUGAAUUGUAUCACUUAUAAACAGCAUACUGUUUUUGUUUUUGUUUUUGAUUAGCAGAUACCUGAAGUUCUAUUUUUGCAGGGUUUGCACAGGCCCCUAACUGUCUACUACUUUGAUAUAAUCUAUAAACAUCCUGUAUGCUGAGCUGGUAAAAUACAUUGUAAAUUACAUAUUAAAUAUUUUAUCUGCUUUUACAAGCGCAAGGUGCAAAAACAUAUACAAUUGUCUUAUUAAUGACUGUAAAGUGAAUUAACUGUUGCUGAUAAUGCCUAAGCUUUUGACUCUGUUAAUCACCCUCCUUCACUUUGUCUUAAUGUGAAAGUGGCGUGUUUAAAUUUUCAUACUGUACUUGAAUUGUUACUGUUGUCACUUUUUCCUUUUCUUUUUCUUUUUUUCUUUUUUUGCCUCUGUAAGUCCCAGCAAUCAAAAAGCAACAUUUGCCUUUUUAUUAUUAUUAUUAUUAUUAAACACAAUUCCUUCUGCCAA